UUUGUAUUUCGCCGUAUCUAUCUUCUCCGUUUUCUUUGUUCUCUUCGUUUCUGUUCUUGCAGGUACGUCUUUCUCUUCUUUCUUCGGUUGUUGUUUUUUAUUUUUUGCUGCAUAUAUGGUUUUUUCCGUUCUGCGUUGGUCAUGGAUGGUCUGCGGAAGCGAGCCUGUGGUGAUGUUGGGCCCUCAUCUGUUGCUAGCGAUUGUAGUCCUCUCACUUCCGCUGUGGUGCUUUGGAGUUGCGGUGAUGGUGAGGCCGACGGUGAUGAUUCACUUUGAAUCGGUCCACCGCCGAAGGUUCCGAUUCACGCAUUUGUUCUUCUUGGAUUCCACCGCCACUAACCUUUCUCGCUUUUCAGUUACCACCAUGCGUCACUUCCUUUUAGUUGAUGCAGGACACAUUUACAGGAAGUGUUUUGGGGAGACAAUAAAACGGAGGACACCAGCUACUCCAACGGUCUUCCAUGGAAGCAUCCCCAAACCUGAUCACACUUCCAGGAAUUAG